AUGGACGGCCAGGGCAUGGGGGCGUCGUUCCUGCCGCGCCUGGAGGCGACGUUCCUGGCGAUCUUUCACCCCGUGGAUGGCCCCAAGGUUUUGUUCCAGAUGCCAGAAGACUCGUUUUUGAACCACGAUGCGCCAUUGCCGCCGCAGGCUGCGUCGCAGCGCCGCCCGAUGCUUGACUUUUCGUCGCUCUCGGACUAUGUGAUCCCCAAGGCGCCGCUGUGUGGGCGCCUGAUUACGUGCGAGGUGCGCUCGCACUCGACUGCGCCACAUUCGCCGCGGUCAUACAAGGUCAUGGGCUUCCCGGUGCUGCUGCAGCAGGCGGAAAAGUACCAACGCAACAACUUUAUCUUUAAUCUGUGCUUUGUGUUUGACAGCCGUGCGAAUGUGAGCGCGUACGAGCCGAUUGUGCGCAAAUGCGGCCGCUCACUGCGCCUGCUCGAGGAAGAAAGCUCGUUUGUCUCGCGCCUCGAAAACUUGCCGCGUCUCUACGGUAUUGUCGAGCAGCUGUACGAGGACUUGAAUGUGUACUACGAGACAUUUAUCGCACUUCCCGAGCUGUCUGACGAUAAUGGCAUGUUUACUGCGCCGAAGCCGGCUGGAGAGAACAACCUCACGCUGGUCGACCCUGCGGAGCUGGAUGCGCUCAUUGCACAGGCCUCUGGCCCAUUAGCGCGCGUACGCGACCAGGCAGGCAAGUGCCCACGCGGCGAUAUGCUGCGCUCGCUGUCCUUUGAGACGCCCACACGCACCGACUCGCAGGCGAGCUUGGGAAGCGAUACAGGCGAGCCUGGCGCAAAGACGGAGUCGCACAGCCGCUCAAAGCGCACGCCUCACGGUCUGGGCCGAACCGUGCGCGAUGCCAUCAACCUUAAGCUCUUUCCUUCCUAUCCCAACCCCCCAAGUGUGCACGACUGGGACGUCCCUGUGCUUUUGCUGAAUCUCGACAAGCACGUGAAUGGCAGCUGGGACCUGACGCUCGUCAAGCUCCUGCCCCAUAUCAACGGCGUGAACCACGCGAAACGCAUUGCGCAGCUCGCCGAUACGGAUCUGCUCCUGGUGAAGCAGUGUAUCGAGCAUCUUCUCUACUACUCGUUUGCAAUUCUGAUCGAUAUUUUUCAGUUUUCCAACAUGUAUGCCAUUCGCCCCCAAGCUGCACGCAUGCUGGACGACGAGGCGAUCGGCCACGAGUGUGCCGCGUACGUCACUGCGCCCAAGCAGACGCCGCUGCCCGUUCCCCAGCUGUGGCGCAUGUACUCGAUGCUGCGCCAGGGCCGCACGCUCUAUGAGUGGGCAGACGAGCUGGGAGACUGUACGCAGCGCAUCGAUAUCCGCCGGUUUGUCACGUUUGGCAUCAUCAAAGGCUUCCUGCGCCGUGUGCACCGAUACCCCUACCUUGUCUUUUCCGACGAGGACCGCACGGCCGAGGUCGAGGCUGAGUGGCCCCGCCGCAACGCCGAGGUCAUUGCGCCGACGUCCGCGGCGAGUGCCGCGCAGCACGCCGGCACGGCAUCCGCGCGCUCUGCCGCGUCAUCGUGGCUGCAGUUUGCGGGUGCGACGCCGGUGCUCGACAGCGCUACUGACAACGAGUCCUUCUUUUCGAUGAGCGCCUUUACGCGCCCCGAGACGUCGCGGCGCGCACAGUUUGCCGCGCGCCCCUCGGCGCGUACGUCGGCGCACCGCCCGACCGUGACGGCGAUGGACGUUGCGAGCCUCGCGUACGGCGCGGCCGAGCCCAUGUCCUACCGCGAAGAGUCGGGCUGGUCGCGUUCGGCGCUGCGUUCCCCCCGCGGCGUGCUGCCGAUGCCGGUGCCCGCCGAGUUGCCCUCGCUGCUCGACGGCCUGCAUUCCGACGACGAGCUGUGCGUGCGCUUUGGCAUGAGUUGGGGAGAGAUGAACCGCAUGCUGCAGUGGAUCGGCUCGCCCUAUGCGGCCGUCGAUGUGAGCCGGAUGCUCUAUGAGGACGGUGCGGAGCGUUCCACGAUUCAUACGCCGGAUCUACGGAUGUCCUGGCCGACGCACCGCACCAACAGUGGGCGCAGCUACGAUUCGGGCAGCUACUUUAGUGCGAUCCCCGGGCGCACGCGUCCCGGCGCGCACGAGUCCGCCACCGCGAUGGUGUCGCGCCUAGAGUCGCUGUACCGGCAGCGGCAGCGCCUCUUUUAUGAGUUCGCGCAGGAGCACCCCACGCUAGCCUCGGCGGGCCCUGCGUCGCUCGUGUCGACCAUUGCGUCGUUCCCUUUUGAUAGCAUCAAGAGCCGGCUGCAGGUCAAGUACUACCCCAGCGCCUGGUCGUGUGCGCGAGCCGUGAUCCGUGAGGAAGGGUUACGUGGCCUCUUUCGCGGUGUCACGAUCCCCGUGGUCACGAUCACGUUUGUGCGCACGUCGUCGUUCAGCAUCUAUACCAACACAAAGUCCUGGCUGGCGGCGCGCUUUGGCAAGGACGAGAAUAAGGAUCUGCGGCGCACCGCACUCUAUGGCGCGCUCGGAGGUGUGACGAGCGGCGCGGUGAUCAGCUGCGGCUCGGCGCCGUUUGAGCUCGUCAAGGUGCAGCGCCAGCUCGAGUUCUUGAUCCACUCGCAGAAGCAAAAAGGGCUCGCGCCCGGCCAGCCUGCGGUGCCGUUCAAGCCACAGACCGGCGCGCAGGCGGCGAUGGAUAUCUUCCGCACGCAUGGUGGCCUGCGUGGCUUCUACCUCGGCUUCCCGCUGCAUAUGGCGCGCGACACGCUCGGUACUGCACUCUACUUUGGCCUGUAUGACACCAUUCGUGCCGUCGGCGACCGCCUCGAAGCGCGGAAGCAGACCCUGGGCAUUCCUUCGCCUGUCCUCUCAUUUCUCAUCGGCUCCACGGCCGGCAUUUUGUCGUGGCUGCUCGUGUAUCCUGUCGAUUUGCUCAAAACGCAAGCACAGCGCAACGCCCUCGCUGGCUCGCCCAAGGUGAGCGCAGGCCAGGUGUUUAAGCAGCUGCUCUUUGAGCACGGGCCGGAUAGCGCGUCUGCCGCGACCGGCGCGUCACGGCGCCAGGUGAUGGGCGUACCCCUCUACCGCUUCCUGCGCCUGUACCGCGGCCUGGGCAUCAGUGCCGUGCGCAGUUUCAUUUCGCACGGCAUCACGUGGAUGAUCAUCGAGACCAUCUCGCGCCACCUCGAGGAGGGGCCGCAAAAGUCGUGGCAUCUCCUGGAUAUCGACUACCUCGACUACCAAUAG